ACACAACGAAACCGAACAGCUGGGAGCGCAACGGACAAGAAUUUUGUAUUGCGUAUUGAAAUGCCGCACUCUAUGCUGAUAAAUCUGUACCCACACAACGAAAGCGAGUGCAAAAGUGUUUAACGCAAGAUACCCGCUAGACGAGCGCGGCGGCCUCUCCCACAAAUUGUUUAAACAAAAGAAAGGAAGGAAGAAAAAUCAAUAAGUAAAAUCAACACGCCCAGCUGCUAGUACAAGAUGGUCUUCGAGGCAGUUGUUGCCGAUGUCCUCAACAAGGUGCUGGGAGACUACAUCGAGAACUUGGAUCGUAACCAGCUCAAAAUAGGCAUUUGGGGAGGCGAUGUGGUUUUGCAAAACCUAAAGAUACGCGAGAGUGCCCUGGAAGAUUUGGACCUGCCGGUGCAGAUUGUCUACGGAUAUUUGGGUAAACUGGUGCUGAAGAUACCAUGGAAGAAUCUGUACAGCCAGCCCGUUAUCGUGAACAUUGAAGAUCUCUAUGUCCUGGUCUCGCCCAAUAACAAUGUCCAGUACAAUGCGGAGAAGGAGGCCAAGUAUGAACUGGAUGCCAAGAUGGCGGCGCUAGAUGCCCUCGAGGCGGCCCGCAAAAAGGAGAUUGAGAAAAAUACAGCCAAGCCCGACGCUGGAUUUGCCGAGAAACUAACGGCGCAGAUUGUGAACAAUCUGCAGGUGACGAUAAGCAAUGUGCAUUUGCGAUACGAGGACAGCACAACGACCGGCAGUCCGUUCUCCUUUGGCGUAUCGCUACACAGACUCGAACUUUUCACCACGGACAGCAACUGGGACAAUACCUACAUGACGGAGCAGGCCUCCCAGGUGUUCAAGAUAGCGAAUCUCUCCUGCCUGUCUGCCUACAUGAACUGCUCCGCUCGUCUCUUUGCCAAGGAGGCGACAUCGCUCACGGAACUCUUCCAGACGAGCAUUGCCCGCAAGGACUUCAAGCCCUUGCACUACAACUAUGUGCUGGGGCCCAUCUCGUGCAAUGCUAAGCUGAAGCUCAACAUGAAUCCCGAGCUCGAUAGCCCGGCCUUCCAGAUACCCAAAAUAGAUCUCUGCUUGGAAAUGGAAACUCUGAAUGUGGGUCUAACCAACAACCAGUUCGACAAUAUUAUCAAGCUGGGCGAUGCCAUGAACCGCAUGCAGUUGGGCAUUCCCUACCGCAAGUAUCGACCGUACAAUCUGUCUAUCAAGGGCCAUGCCAAGGAGUGGUGGCAGUUUGCAGCCACCUCCAUACUCGAAGUGCAAGUGCGGAGACCGCGCCGCUGCUGGACCUGGGCACACAUCAAGCAGCAUCGGGACCGCUGCAAUACUUAUGCACAGAAAUACAAGGAACGAGAGCUGAGCAAAAAGCCCCCAGCCACCCUUAUAGAGACUUGUAGUCUGCUGGAACAGGAACUGGAUGCUUUCAAUCUGCUACUGAUCCGACAGCGUGUCAACAUCGAGAUAGAGAAGCUGAGGGACGCAGCGCCUGUGCCGAAGACAGGCUGGCUGAGUGGCUGGUGGGGCGGCGGAGCCAAGAAGGAGAACGAGGGCCAAGAUCAGAAUUUUGUACAAAAAUUCGAGGCUGCCAUGACGCCGGAGGAGAAGGCCAAGAUGUACAAGGCGAUUGGUUACGAGGAAAACGCGAAGCCUCAGGAUGUGCCCGUAUAUUAUGAAGCGAUCAGAAUGAACUUUAAGCUGAUUGCCUUGGAGGUGGGUCUGUACCAGGACAAGGGCUCGGCCACCGAUAAUAGAAUUUCGUACGACUACCAAGAUCUGCCGUCGCUGGUACUGCUCAAGUUCUCCAUGGCCACGGCCUCGGUGAGCCAGCGACCAGCUGCUGACGCCAUCACCAUCACCGCUGGCAUGAAGGAACUCAAGGUGUCGGGCCUCGUUCGUGACGGCCGUACACCCAUGAUCGUGGAGUCGAAGAUAACCGACGAAUUUAAUCUGCUGGACAUAUUCUUCGAGACGAAUCCAUUGGACGGACUCUGCGAUCAGAGAGUGAAGAUCGUGGCGCGUCCUCUACAAAUCAUAUACGAUGCAGAAACAAUCCUGAACCUCAUAAGUGUGUUCCAGCCGCCUAAGGAUAUGACACUCUCAAGGUUCGAGAACGCUGCCAGCCUGCAGCUGAACAGCAUCAAGGAGCGCUCGGCCACGGGCAUGCAGUAUAUGAUUGAAAUGAAGUCAGUUCUUGAUGCGGACAUCCUGCUGAUGCCCAACGUUCUGGUGGUGCCCCACAAAGGGGUAUAUGCUGCGGACCAGUCCUCCCUUGUGGUCAUCAGCAUGGGACAGGUGCACUUGACGACCAACACCCGGCGCCGUGCGUCGACUAGUGUGUUUGGCUCCAGCGAGGAGCGAGGCGAGAUUCUCAAGAGCGUCAUGGAGAACGCUUACGACAGAUACAUCAUUAAGGUGGACGACAUUCAGCUACUGGUGGCGCGCCCUGGCGAGCCGUGGGAUCAUGUCCUCAAGGCUGCCGUCUCCACGGAUAUGCAUGUGCUCCAACCCGCCUCCCUGAUGAUCACUGCCGCCCUCUGCGUGGUGGACAAUGACCCCCGAAUGCCCAAGAUGAAGGUGGACAUUGAGAUUCCGACCGUCCAAGUGAACAUCUCCGAGGAUCGGGUGAUUGAUGCCAUCUCAGUGGCCACGAGCAUACCCCUGCCAGAAGCGUCCGAGCCAGCGGCGCAGCUGAUAAUGACGCGCUCCCGCAGCUCGCUCUCCAGUUUCCUCAACAAGGACGUGAUCAAGUUCGGCGGCAGUAAUGGGGGGAACACCGCAACCUCGGCCGUGGAGGAGAUAAUACAGUACACCAAUUUGGAGGUGAACUUCUCACUGAAGGAGAUCUCUUUCGGCCUGUACCAGUCAAACAGGCUGUGCGAGAACGAUUCGGAUGUCACCAUUGAGUUUCUGACUCCGGAAGGAACUGCAAUGCCGUCCCCUAUGGAUGCACCGCAACCGAAAACAACGGUGGAAGAGCCGAGCCUGGAGGCGGCCUUUGCAAGGCGUUCACCCCAGAUUCUGUCCGUCCAGGUGCACCAGCUUGAAGCAACAUUGUCUCAGCGAACCUACGAGACAGUUGCCACAGUCAAGCUGGGGGGCGUGAAGAUCAAACAGUUCGACUGUCAGGAGAACAACCAGGAGGUUCUGGACAUAAUUGACACGCCCGGAUACAACCAGGGGGAUAAUCUGGGCCAGAGCGUGAACUACCUGUUCACCGUCUCGUAUACGAUGGCUGACAAGACAUCGCCAGAGUUUAGCACCAAAUACAACUCCACGGAGCAGCUGAUCGUCGCCAACUUCGAGAUGCUUCAGAUUGUGCUGCAUCAGGAGUGUCUGCUGCGAGUUCUGGAGCUGGUGACGGACUUCCAGAAAAAUCUGGACGAUUUGCUGCAGACCGACAAGCCGCGCGAUCGCUAUGCCCUCGCUGGUGCCGGCGAUGGUCUCAAACAAAAGCUCAAUGUCAUCCUUGAGGACACUGAACAAAUCAUGGUCCCUAAGCAAACCAAAAUGAGACGGAUUAAGGCAUCCCAGCGGCGUGUGGAGAGCGUGAAGCUGCGCUUGAUCGCCAACCUCAAUCAAGUGGGGUUGAUGCUAACCUCGAGAAGCCGCCCGCUGGCGGAGAUGAAUGUGAAGAAAUUCGUUGCAAGUCUGACCAUGAAGAGCUCGUACACGGAGCUGAACCUCGGUCUCAAGGAUAUUCAGGUCAUUGACCUAAACCCCCAAACGAUUCACGAGAAUAUAUUGAGCAUUGUGGGCCAGGAUGCGUUCAACUGCCAGGUGGUGCUCUACAACAAGCCCGAAACAGUCGAUUACAAUUCUGAUGACAUGAAGAUCACCGUAGACAUUGGCUGCAUAAAGAUUAUCUUUUUGAAUUGGUUUGUCGCUGGCAUCCUGAACUUCCUCAACAAUUUUCAAGCCGCCCAGCGGGCGUUGUCCGAAGCCAGCGCUGCGGCAGCGGAGUCCGCCCGUCAGAAGGCGAUGGAUGCCUACGAAACGGCGACGCGCAUGAAGCUAAAUGUGCGGAUUAAGGCACCCAUCAUUAUCAUACCCAUCGACUCCAGGAGCAGGGAUGCACUGUCCCUCGAUCUCGGCAUGCUGGAGCUAACGAACAACACUGUGACUGUCCCAGUGGCCGACACAACCGAACGGGCCGUCAUUGAUGAGAUCAAGUUGCGGCUUAGAAAUGUCAAGCUAUCCAAGGUUAUCAUAUUGACUGGCAACGAGACCGUGGUGGAUGACGUGGAUGCUGCCGUUGGCUUCAAGUCGAAAUUUAAUAUGAUGAAUCCCAUGAGCUUCACCAUGCUGGUCACUCGCAAUCUGUCGAGCGCCUGGCACAAGGAGCUACCCGAGCUUAAUCUGUCCGGUCGCCUGAAGUCCAUCGAGCUCACACUUUUCUCUGACGACUACGCUCUGGUCAUGUCGAUCUUGAACCGCAACCUCAACGAGGGCGUGCAAGAGUUCCCGCCACGGGACGACCCACCGCCCACUCAACCAUCGCCAACGCGGGCAAGUGUACUUGCUGAAGGUCGCGGCACUCGCAAGCAUUCCUUCCUAGUCACGCCAAUGCUAAAGAACGAGAAGAUCUACGAGGUGCUCAAGUUUAAUUUCCAGUUUGAUGGCGUGAUAAUAAAUCUGAUGGAGGACGAAGAUGAAGGACUGGCGCGGUUUGGCAUAUAUUUCCUAUCUGUCAAGGGCACAAAGCUGGUCAACAACACGCUGAGCACUUCCCUGGUUCUCUGCAACAUUCAACUGGAUGACACGCGCACGAAAACUAACAGCCAGAUAAGGCAAUACUUGAGCCGCAAGGACUGGGUAGAGGCCAAGCUGCAGACGGACGAGAUCAUCGACGCCUGCUACAACGAGCGCAAUUUUAUGGUUGAUGUCACGGCCAUAGUCAAGGAGAACGAUACUUUUGCCGAAGUUCGUGUUCGAGGCUUCGACUUGAUCGUCUGCAUAGACUUCCUACUCAAGCUGACGACGUUCCUGACCCUGCCGCCAGACAGCACGCCGCGACAGUCGUUGGAAGUGGAGCCCAUUUCGGAGACGGCUCACCAUGCGCAAAGUUCUUUCCGGGAUACAGCCGUUUUUGCAGCUAGCGAAUUUAUUGACCCGGAGUCAGUGGUUGUUGGGCACAACAAGAAGAUUAAUCUUAUACUGCAUGUGGAUGAGCCGGAUAUAAUCCUCGUGGAAAGCCUGGACGAUCUGAACACAAAUGCCAUCAUCUUCAAUGCUCAAGCUCAUCUAAAUUAUCGCGCCAUAGAUGACAAACAGAUCAUUAAUGGACAAAUCGAUGCACUCAAGAUUUACAUGAGCGCCUUUCUGCCGGAGCGGCGGGAGCAGACGCGCCACUACAUUUUGCACCCGUGCGUGAUCAGCCUGCAGGGCUCCACGCCCGAAGAGCAGGGUCUGCAUAUAAGUCUCAAGCUAAGCGAUAUCAUAAUCAACGUGUCCCCUGCCACGAUCGAGCUGCUGAAUAAGGCGAUAAUGAGCAUAGCCAGCGGUACUGCUGUAAAGGCAGUCAUGGAAAAGGAAACGAAGGACUACACAGAGCUCUGGUAUCCGCACAAUUUCCGCAACCGAUUCUAUUGGUUCACCAGGGUGGAUGAGGGCCUCGAUGCCCUGCAGUUUAUUAACAACGAAUUGAAAGAAUCCGCGAAGCAGAAGACGGAGAAAUGCGUCAUUGAGCUGCCCAGCAUCACGGUUGUAAUUGAGUCGGGCGUGGGAUACUACACAAAGCCCCUCAUAUCGCUGGAUACACGCAUCACAGCCGUCUUUAACAAUUGGAGCCGUAACCUGAGCGCACAUGGAUCGCUGACCCUCAACAUGAACUACUACAACCAGUGCCUCGCCGAGUGGGAGCCAAUUAUUGAGCUAAACGAGGUGGUGGGCCGCAACGGAGUCAGCGAGUACACGCCCUGGGAGCUGAAGUUUGACUUGGCCACGGAGAAGGUGCAGAGCGAGACGAACGAUGCGUUGGAGCAGCAAACUAUCAACAUGGUCAUCCAUUCGGAGGAGAAUCUGGAGAUAACAUUCAGCAAAACGAGCUUGUCCCUGCUCGGCGAACUGAGCGAGGCCUUCUCGCAGGCCAUCGACCAAAAGGGUCUCGCCAAACCGGAUAUAGUCGCGCCCUAUGUCGUGGAAAACGACACGGGCUUUGACCUCACCCUCAAUCUGCGCAGCGGCAUCUUCACCCUGCACGAGGUGCAUCGCGGAGGCGGUCAUUCUGUCAACAGUUCAUUGCUAAUGUCGUCCAUCGAACUAUCCGCCGAGGUGGAUCCCAAUGACAUACAAAUUUGCACCAUUUCAGCCGGUGGACGAGCCUAUCUGCAGACCAAGGACCUGAGCACAUUAACCGAUGAGCAGGCUGAGGACUACAAUCUCUAUUUGACGAUUGGUUCCAUCGAGAAAGGAGUCGUGGUGCCCGUGUCAAAGUCCGAUACAAGAUACUUCCCCCUGAUGCGGGGCAUAUCCCAUGAUCCCUGGGGCAUCAUUUCCGAAGUGAAGCAGGACUAUGGCACCACCACAGUGAACAUUCAUGGUGUCGUCAGCGUCUUUAACCACUUUACUACCACCAUCAGCGUGUAUCGGCGCAAGGCGACGGACAAAAGUGAUAUUUUUGUGGGCAGUGCUGGUCCCGGGAAAGUGUUCAAUGUGCCCCUUCACGCCAUUUACGCGGACUCCAAGGAUUUGUUCUUCUCCUUUCCGGGCUACAAGACCUCGGUGCAGGGUAUUUCCUGGAGCGCCAGUCCCUCGGACCUCAACUACUCGCAUCAGCUGCAGUGCGACCCCAUUUCCACAUUUGAACCGCUGUACAUAAACGCCACGAGGACAAAGAGUGAGGUCUAUCACGAGAAUACCAACAAAUUCAAGCUAUUGAGCGCCUUCUACACCAUCCACCUGCGCCCGCCUCUGUACCUACGCAAUGCCCUCCCCAUCAACAUAAUGGUUUCGGUGGCUGGGUGCUCUGUGCGAAGAGACUCGCUCGAGGUCACCCGCAGCUCACCCGAUUUGGCUAUAAAAAACAUCAGAGAAGACUUCCUGGACUACGGCGAGAAGCAAGUGAGGCCGGGCGACGUGCUGCAUUUGCCUACUGUCCGCCUGUCGGAAAAGGGAAAGGACGGCAAAAGCUUUCUGGUUGUUCGACUGCUGCAAUACCUAGAGAAGGACUGGUCCUGUGCCACCGAAAUUUCCGAGUGCAGCGGCGAACUCUGCACGUGGACGUUUUCAUCGUACGACUCUGAGAUGAAAGUGAAUAUGGAGCUCAAUGUGCGACCAGAGGAUCGACACGGCAGCAUGAUGCUCACGUUGUUCAGCCCCUUCUGGAUGAUCAACAAAACGGGGGAGAUGCUCACCUAUAAAACAGAGGCCACAUCGGUGGAGGUGUUAUACCAUCCACCGGAGUACAGUGGACCUAUACUCCUUACCUUUCGUGAUACGAUGUUUUUCGACAAGAAGAAAGCUUCGAUUCGCUGCGACAAUGGGGAUUGGAGCGAGAAGAUUCCCCUUGACGUGGCCGGUUCGGUGGGCGAAGUCACCUGCCAUGCCAACGAUCGAAAAUAUCACAUCGGCGUUCACAAUCACUUGACCCAGGACUCGUUGACCAAGCAGAUCACCUUCAUACCAUUCUAUAUAGUCUGCAACAGAUGCCCCUACAAAAUCGAGCUCCAGGAGCAGAGUCGUCCGGGCGAUCCGUGGAUGGCCCUUCAACCUAAUCAGUUUGAGCCUUUGUGGCCGAAAAACGACCACAAGCACAAUCUCGUGGUUCGGGUGGAAGAGAAGGUGACGCCUGCCUUCGACUACACCGAGGUGAUCUGUACCCUGCUGAAGCUGGAGAACAGCAGACAUGGAGGCAUCAACGUGGACGUGCAGACAACGGAGGGCGGCGUAUACAUAACAUUCACAGAGUAUCAGAAAUCCGAUGCACCGGGGCUGCUCAUCAAUCACACCAGAAAGGAAAUCUGCUACCAGGAGAAGAACACCAAAGAUGGUAAAAUUCUAUAUGCCAAAAAUAAUAUUAUGUUCGCGUGGAGUGAUCCGACGGGUCCCAAGAUUCUUGUAUUUGGCAAAAACAAACAGGAAACCGACUUGCGACGUGACGACAUUGGAGAGGUUGUCAUGCAAGACGGCACCAAGGCCUUCUGGGUCUCCUUCUUGGACGGCUUGCAGCGUGUGUUGCUGUUCACCGAAGUCGAAUCGAUAGCCAAACGUACAGAAACCACCGCCUCCCUGCAGACGAUUACGCAGAGCAUCGAUCUGCGCAUCCAUGGCAUCGGUCUGUCUGUGAUAAACAAUCAGACAGGCCUAGAUAUACUGUACCUGGGUGUCACCAGCUCUGGCAUCAUUUGGGAGUCCAAGAAGGAGGGUAAGAAGCGUUUUAAGGAAAUGACCAUUCACGACACCGACCUUCUGGAGGCCGAGUACCAGCGUUAUCUGGUGCACAAAAGCGUUAACGAUGUCCAGAACUACAAGCUAGACAAUAAAUUUCCGAUCGAUUUCGACGGAAUGGUGCUAAAGAAGGCCGUUGAUCGACAGCUGAGACGCAGCUUCUACCCGGCCAUUUGGGUGUCGAACAAGUCAUCACCAUUCCAGAAUCAGCUGCAUAUCAAAAUCAAUCGUGUCCAGGUGGACAACCAGUUCAUCGAUCCCAUAUUCCCAGUCGUGCUAGCCCCGAUACCGCCGCCCAAGAGCGUGGCCAGCACCACGACUCUGAAGCCGUUUAUUGAGUGCAGCAUGGUGCAGCGCGUCAUGCCCAACUCGACGGUCAAGCAGUUUAAGUACGCCAAGAUACUGAUUCAGGAGUUCCACUUCAAGGUGGACAUACUGUUUCUCACGGCCAUUGCUGAGAUGUUUGCUAAGGAGGUUUCCGAUAAGGUGGCGGCCAAGCAGUUCCGCCAAGACGUCGACUCCAUUGAGCAGCCCCUGUCCGCCUUCUUCGAACUUCACUCGCAGCAGGAGCAGAAAAACUUCUACGACAGUCUCCACUUGGGGCCACUCAAGAUACACGUCAGUUUCUCGAUGGCCGGAUCGGACACCACUGCACUGCCAGGCUUCCUGGGCACCAUAGUGCAAGGCGUAGGCGUGACCCUAACCGAUGUGAACGAUGUCGUUUUCCGGCUGGCCUUCUUCGAGCGCGAAUAUCAGUUCUUCACGCAGCAGCAACUAAUCAACGAGAUUACCUCGCACUACACGGGCCAGGCACUGAAGCAGCUUUACGUCCUCGUCCUCGGCCUGGAUGUCCUUGGCAAUCCAUAUGGCUUGGUGGUAGGACUUAAAAAGGGCGUAGAGGACUUGUUCUAUGAGCCAUUCCAGGGGGCUAUACAAGGGCCUGGUGAAUUCGCUGAGGGUCUCGUCCUCGGCGUUAAGUCCCUCUUCGGCCACACUGUAGGCGGGGCAGCUGGUGCCAUGUCCAAGAUUACUGGCGCCAUGGGCAAGGGGCUGGCAGCACUUACCUUUGACGAGGACUACCAAAAGAAACGGCGUCAGGGCAUGAACAACAAGCCGAAGAAUUUCCACGAAGGAUUAGCGCGAAGCAGCAAGGGCUUGGUGAUGGGCUUUGUUGACGGGGUGACCGGUGUUGUAACUAAACCUGUGAGUGGAGCUCGCGACCACGGAGUUGAGGGUUUCUUCAAAGGAUUGGGCAAGGGAGCUAUUGGUCUGGUCGCCCGCCCCACCGCUGGUGUGGUCGACUUUGCCAGUGGCAGCUUUGAGGCGGUUAAACGCGCUACAGAGGCUAACGAGGACGUCAAGCGGCUGCGUCCCACUCGCUUUCAGCACAAUGAUCAUGUGCUGAGACCCUAUUGCUACAGCGAGGCCAUGGGCAACAAAAUGCUGAAGGAACUCGACAAGGGAAAGUAUGCUAGCACCGACAGCUUCGUGCAUUGCGAAGAGAUUAUCCAGAAGGCCGAGUAUCUUCUGGUCACCAACUACCGCCUGGUGUAUAUCCAGCGAAACGAGAUGUUCGGCAUCUGGACGUCGCUCUGGUCGUACCUAUGGAAUGACAUUAACUCCGUAGAUGCUACGACGCUCGGUGUACAAAUCACUGUCAAAGUGGAGAGCAAGAAAGUACUGGGAUUUUUCAGCUCCAAGGAAUCGCCCCGCAAGCUGGUGCUGCUGGCAGAUGACCGCAAGCGCCGCGCCCUCAAGGAAAUUAUCGAAUCUCAUUUAGGCGACAGCAUUUCGAACGUCACAGCCACAUCCUAUUAUCCUGAUCAAAAAAAUAACUAAAUCUGAAUUUAUCUGCUAACUGUAUUAUAAUCCGGCACAUCCUCAAGGCGGCUCCAGUGGCAGCUACUGAGCUACUGCCUUGAUCCACCUUCUCCCUCUGCCUGCGUCUCUGCAACUGGUUUGAAUAAAUGCAAGUAAAUCCACACUUAAAUCCA